AUGACACGUCAGGACAGUGGAGGCUCGACGUCGGGGCCGGGCUACAACAGUCCUGGAGGCGGCAGUCAGUACUCACGAACACCAGCCCAGCUUCCCGAGGAGAUGCGUGCACGAGAAAGGCAGAGGCAGGUCGAGCGGGACAGAGACCGUAGAGAGCGUCAGACUAGCCAGUCUUCAGCAGUUUCCACUCCAGCACCAGCUGCAGCCUCCAGCAUUGCGCCAGACUCACCAGCAAAGUACUCGUCGAGCCACAUGGAGUCUUCCGUGACGCGGCUACUGGUAGCGACAAAGAUGCUGCUUGAAUCGCUCACAAAGUGGUCUGUAGGCCAGCGUAGCGAAGAAGACGUCUCGGACAUCUAUGUCCGGCUUGGCAACGACUUCAACUCGGCCAAACUUGCCUUCAGCUCGUACGGUAUCGACAUGAGUGAUCUCAACUCGGUGCCAGACGACCUGCGAGACUGUCUCGAGCGCUGCCUAUCGGAAGAUGCUGCACCCGCUGUUCUCGAAGUGCAUCUGCCUCGGAUCCGCGAGAUCAUCAUCAACCUCUUGCAGGGGCUCAAGAUGAAGCAAGCAGAAUACAAGCAAUUCCUUGUUCAGCAACGUGCCGCGAAAGAGAAGAGACGGUCCAGCAUAUUGCCCGAGCCGCCCGCACCAUCGACUCCAACGUCUCAGCAGCAGCAGCAAAUCCAAUCACAUCGUGUGCUCGGCCCACGCGCUUCCCGUCAAGGCUUCAGCGAGGGUGCAGCUCAAGCUCCCAGCGAGCAGCAAACUGGACAUGCCUCGCCAUCGCAGCGACCUGAUGCUCUCAAGCGUGCUAGCUCGGCGAACACCGCUCUGCCCACGCAGACAGCCAGCGACGAUUCCGAUUCACAAGCCGUGGCGGCAGCGAAUGCUGCUGUCGGCCGAACUAGCAUUUCACGCCCACCCAGCCGCAUCACACGCGCGGUAAGCGGCCCCUCGACAGGAAGAGGAGUCAGCGAGUCCCCGUCGCCCGCUCUGCCUCAGAUUCCAUUCGAGUCUUCCGAAACCGAGCAAGACGAGACGGCUCAAGCGACGCCUCGCCUGGCCAAUGUUGAGCAGUACUCCCUCGUCGACCCCGGCGUGGCAGCAUCAAAGGAAGAAGACGAUGAAGAAGAAGAGGAGCGCAACACCGGCCAGCCUGGUCCGCUCACCGCCUUGACACCGCAGCGCAUGAGUGUGCGUUCACCUCGACAUACGCCAAAGUCCUCCAUCGACAGGCCCGACAUUUCGGAGCACGACCCGAGCAUGAAGGCGCUCAAGAAUCGAGAUGCUUUGGAGCGACGCGCAAGCAAGCGCUUCAGCGCCUACACGUUCAACAAGAUGGGUGUUGGGCAGGGCUAUGGCCAAGGCAUGGGAAUGGGCAUCUUUUCGUCCGGCGGUAGCGCGGCUGGAAGUCCUCUUGCUGAGCGCAAGCCUGCCGAACGAAGGGGCAGCGGAGCACGUCGCGUUGUUCGACCCCCGCUACCAGAUUCCAGUCCAGCGUUGGAGGGUCUCACGAGUCCUUCGACAUUUGCGAGAACCGCCGACUACUUUGGUUCUUCUAGCAGCAGCGGCAGUUUGAGCGGAUCGCGGCCGCUGCCUCGCUCCAGGAGUGCCGCCACGGUCGACAGCAAAUUCGAAUCGAUUCAAGAAGUGAACACGCCUGUCACUUCUACUUUCCCUCCCGAUAUCCGCACACCUUCGCCAGAGAAGAGGAGGGAAGCUUCGCAGGAGUCACCAUCUGCUACGGCUGCGAGUCCAGCUUCAAAGGAAGCGACAGACCGACUUGCACCCGCCUCAUCUGGCAAGCGCGUCACCUCGCAGGCAGCGAGUUCCACCGACUCACUCCCUUUUGUCGAUGUGCAGAGCCCACCAUCCGAGUCGGGGGAUGCAGUGCACGCAAGCGACAGCAGUCCCCAGGCCGCCCCCGGCUCUAGCAACGACACUGCCCUCCUCGCCACGCCGCGUGCCCGCUCGAGCUCCGCGACCGACUCAAUCAAUAUUUUUCUGCAACUCGGUCGUCAGACUCGCAAAGCUGCCAUAGAACUGGACGCUUCCAAUCUGAUGACCCGCGGCAUCAGCGUUGCGAGACUGCGCAUGCUGUUCAUCGAUCGAUUCGCUUACUCGCCUGGCAUGGAAGACUUUCCCACCAUCUACGUCAAGGACCCUGCCAGUGGUGUUACCUACGAGCUCGAGGAUCUCAGCGACGUUCAAGAAGGAAGCUUGCUCACGCUCAACAUUGAACCGCUCGACCAGGUCAAGCAGCAUCUCGACCUGUCACUCGGAAAUAUUUCACGAGAAUUGCGCGAGCUCAAAGCGGCGCUUGCCGAGCGCGACCGCGAUGCCCGUCGCAUGUCGACGGUGCAGACCGACACGCUCUUGCCGCCCCACACAACGCCGACCAGGAUCAGCGAUUCACAAUUUCAAGCGGCCGGUCAGCGUGUGGCAGAGAUCAAUCGUAAUAGCGCUCGCCUUUCGAGAGGCGCAGGCGAAGGGUCUUUGGCACAGGAUGGAGACUCAGCGCAAGCAGCAGCCGGCCUGUCGUCGACAUCGUCCGCAUUGGCAGGAUCGCGCAUCGCCCGCGAGCUCAAAGUGCAGUUCGACGAAUUGCAAAACCUUCGCCGCGAGUUUGCUGUUACUCGUCAGCUGCAGACCGACUUCGAGGGCGACGUCAAGUCGAUCCUCUCGACGGUCCGCGAGCAGGCUGGUGCAGUCCGCGCAAUUGCCUCGACAAAGGUGGCCGCCGAGCGUAACUUUAUCGUCGCGGGCAAAGCACGCCUCGACACGCAAUCGCAAGACCUGCUGACGCUCAUCGAAGACCUGCAGGAUACUGUGGAUGACCUUCGUGUGGACGUGAUUCAGCGCGGAGUCAAGCCGCGCCCGAUCCUGGUUAAGCAGAUCGUCGAAGACGUCGACCGCGCCACCAACGGCCUGCUCGAGCUUGAGGGGUACGUGCAGACGGUCAAGCCGAGCUGGAAAAAGACGUGGGAGUCGGAGCUGCAGAACAUCGUCGACGAGCAAGAGUUCCUCAACCACGAAGAGGGGCUUCUCUCGGAUCUGCGCGACGAUCUGUCCGCCCUCAAGGAGGUGUUCAGCAACAUCCAGCAGGUGGUCAAGCUGCGUGGUGGCUCUGGAAAGGGAGGGAAAUACAUCCCUCCACUUCCCGAAGAGGGUCACGAAGGACUGUCGACCGUCAUGAUGGAGGUCAAAUCUCAAGCAGUGAACCACGAGAAGCGUCUGCGCGCACUGCAAGCCGUCGAACGACAGCGCCAAAAGGACCUAGCUGCAAGCAAGACGAAUGACGACUUCAGCGAAGAGCUCGCCGGGUUUGUCGACAAGAAGGUGCUCCGCAAGACUGGCGGCGUGCUUGAGGCUGAGCGCGUUAGGCAGAGGAGGGACCAUGCGACGUGGAAAGCUAUGUUUGGCGGCGGAGGACCCGGAGGCGUGCCGAUGGCCCCGAGUGGGAGCAGUGGGAGUGAGGCCAAGCCGAAGAAGUUGAUUUUGGGUAAGAAAAAGGGCGUGGCUGGCGGUGCGAAUGAGGGUGCUGAGGAGGAAAGCACGUCGUAG